CAGUUCAGUUUGAAGUGUCGCUAGAGAAUAUGGAUGUGCUUUCUGGGUUGUUGCUAUUUUUUGGGAUUAUCGUACCCAGUAUUCUGUCGGAUUUGUGCGAUAAUCAAACUGGAGAGUGCAAGGAGCUAUCUGCCACAGGAUGUCCAGCAGUGUUCUUCAACCUGGCUUGGAUGGAAGGAUCGGUGAAGUUUUGUGAUGAGGAUAAGGGCAUAGUUUGCUGCCCACUGCCCCGGAAUAGACAGCCCCUAUUCAUCUCCAGCAACGUGAGACAAUUCGAAAGGGAAUGUAGACGCUUUAAUGAGAUUAGAACUUCCUGCCGCUCCACGCCGUUGAUUGUGGGUGGAUCGAAAGCUUCCAGCCGGGAAUUCCCAUUCAUGGCACUGGUGGGUCAGCGUAGAAGAAACGCUUCCCGCAUCGACUGGGACUGUGGCGGGACUUUGAUUCAUCCCAAGUUCGUGCUAACCGCCGCCCAUUGCCUGGAGACAACCGAAACCAAGAGCGAACGUCUGGACCCCAACUUUGACUGCCCCAAGUUCGUGGUUAGACUCGGAGACCUGGACUACAACAGCGAAUCGGAUGAUGCGCAGCCCCAGGACUUUACGGUGGUCAACUAUGUGGUUCAUCCAGGAUACGACGAUGAUGAUGAUACUGGAAGUCGUAAAAAUGAUAUUGGCUUGCUGGAGCUGGACAGGAUUGCAGUUUUGAACGAGUUCGUGGCUCCGGCAUGCCUGCCUCCUAGCAGCGGCAAUGAAAACCUCCUCGCGACGGCGGCCGGUUGGGGUGCCACAGCCGAGACCGGGCCAUCAUCCUCGCAUCUGAAGAAGGUCACCCUGGAACGGUAUGGCGAAACGCUGUGCAGCGAGAGGAUAAAGCAAAAGAUCGACAUCCGGACACAGCUGUGCGCCGGAUCUCGAACCGGAAACAGCGACACUUGCUAUGGUGACUCUGGUGGACCCGUCUUUGUGCAGCAUCCCAGAUACGCUUGCCUCAAGCAGAUCAUUGGCGUCACAUCGUAUGGAAUCGUGUGUGGCGUCCAGGGAUUGCCCAGCGUAUACACAAGGGUGCACCUGUACACCGACUGGAUUGAGAACAUUGUUUGGGGAGAAUAAAUGCCACAGGUUCCCCUUCAAGUGAUUGCCGGCAGUUUAUUGUUCAACUUUCACAUCGUUAAUGCGACAAAAAGUUUAAAUAAACAGACAAAUUAGAGCUGACUAACAGGCUCAGGCAAAGAUUA